GUUGAAUGACAAUACCCCUGGCACCAUGACUAACGACACUCGCGUCUGCUAUUACCCCUCGGGCGCGAUAGCUGAUGAUAACGUACCCUGCUCAUCUGACGAGUACACUUCGUGCUGUGGAAGCACCGAUCUCUGCCUCUCCAACGGCCUCUGCCUGAGUGUAACCCAUCAACCAUACGUCCUGAGUAGAGGUGCCUGCACCGAUCCACAGUGGGGCACCGGAUGUUCCCAGUAUUGCCAGGACAAUAACCCCACCGGCGGCUGUUCGAUCAUCAACCUCAAGUACUACAAUGGAGUAUCAACCUACUGUUGCGGGACGCCCGUCGCCAACAAUGAGUCGUCAGUCGUCUGUCCCGACAAUGCCAGCUCCUUUGAGGUUCCGACCGGGCACGCAAUGGUUGGCUACGCGAUGCUGGCCAACGUAUCGACGCUCGAUGCUACCGCGGCAACAACGACUUCCUGCUCCUCGAAUCAAACAUCAAUACUCGCCAGCUCGACGGCAUCGUGUACGAAAGGCGCUUCUUGUCAUGACGCAGCUAUUGGCGCUGGGGUAGGAGUACCGUUAGGGGUGAUUGCGCUGGCGUCGAUCGUAUGGGCAUUGUUUGAGCGAAGGCGCGCAACCGCAGGGCGUGCUGGUCUGUCGGCGCUCAACACCAGCCAGUCGGCGCAAAUCUAUACCCAACAGCUACUCGUGCCGAGUUCACAGCACUUUGGCGGACCAACACCCACUGAAUUGGAUGGGUCGAAAAGACCAUCGGAGCUUGAGACUCCUUAG